UGAAAGAAAGAGAGAGAGAGCAAGCCGGAGGAAGUUGAAGAGAAUAAAAAAAGAGGGCAUAGCUGUAGACAGAGAUGCAGGAUGACUGCUCGACUGCAGCUGCGAGUCGAUCCAGUAUUUGGGGAGUGGCAGCAGCGUCUCACAUGGGACCUGAAGGAGGACAGGCUACUGUUCUUCUGGUUGCUUACUCGCGACUAAACCCCACUGUGAUGGCAGCAUGCCAGUCAUGAAUAGGUCAGGCUUGUUGAGUAAGGCAGGUUUGAGGAGGUUAUUGUCAUCAGAUGAAGUGUGGACUUUAGGAAGGAAGAGGAACCAAGUGGAAUUUGUGGAGCAGGAAUCAAACAAUCCUCCAACCAUCAGUCCGUCUCACAGGUACAGCCAACAGAAGCAGGCUCAUCUUCACCUCAUCGGUCCUGAAAGAAUCACCAAGACUGAGGGAGAAAACACUUCAUGGCAGUGUGACUCCGUGAAGCCUUUGAAAACAGGACCUGAGGUUAUUGAAGAAGACGCUCAGAGGAAGAAACAAGGGUUUUACGAGGACACCUGCUCACACAAGAGAGAGAGACCACAGCCUUCAUCUAAAACACCAAUGAAGCCAGUAUUAAAUAUCCAGCAAUUCACACUCAACUGUGAGCCAGACUCACACAUAGCCCCCAAAAUGUCAUCUGACAAGAAAGAGGAUCUCCAAUUGGACUCUAGAAAGAGCCAUCAUAAAGAGGACAUAAAGACAAUGAUUGUAGUAAAUGGCAGCGCAACAGCAGACACCACAACUCUAAACGUCCAGAAUAACCAGCGCCUGCACAGUGUGCUGGCACUGAACAACAAUCAUAAUAUAUUCGACAAGGGGCAGUGGAGCUCAUGUCUUUCAUACUCCAAAACCAAUGAGCAAAACACAUGCACAAACGACACAGCCAAAGACAAUCCGCUCAUCGAGAGCUUGAUUCUGGAAGCAGUAAGUGCGGAAAUCAGAAAGGCAGAGGAUAGUCCGUCUUGUGACGUCAGUCUGUCUGAAAUAGACGAGAAGUCAGAAGCCGUUUCGUUUCAUAGUGACCAAGCCCUCGGUUGGUCUGAAGAAGACUUUCUUGAUGAAGAAAAGAACGAAGCUCUUCAAGCAAAUAGUUGCUGUUUGGUUUUUGCUGAAUCUCAUCACAAUAAACAAGAAGGACGAUCACAUUUUGAAAGACAACCAACCAUAGAGUCGACCCUGUCAGAAAUUCUCUCUCCCGUAGAUGAGGUUUUGUCCUACGGAAGUGCAGAACUUCCGCCGUCUGCUAACGGAGGAGGACUUGACAGCUACGGUUAUCCUCCUGCGUUUGAGAUCAUCACAUGGACGAGUGAAGAUCAAGCACCGGCAGAUUCUGUGGAAGAUCUCUCUAUUAACAGCGAGAACCUCCCACCUCUUCCUGUGGACUUCGCUCGGCAAAUAAAAGAGCCUCAAAGUCUGUGCUCUACCAGGGAAAAACAGGAAAACGAUGAUACUAAUGAGGAUGCAGAUGAAAACAAUUGUUCAGAUCACACUAGCUCACUCGCUGAAGAUCUGAGACAUGAAACAUCAGAUCCGUUGUCCUCCUUUCGGAUUGGAGACAGAGUUGUUGUGUGUAAUUCUAGAGCAGGUGUGCUGAAGUAUAAAGGCCUUGCAGCGUUCGCGACUGGUUUUUGGGCUGGUGUGGCUUUGGAUGACCCUUGUGGAAACCACAAUGGAACCUUUCGAGGUGUGAAAUACUUUAGUUGUGAAAAAAGCCACGGUGUAUUGGUCAGAGCGGAGGACAUACACAGAGAACAUGGUAGUGAUGUAGAGACUGGGGUUGAUGAAGAUCCAUUUUCAGAUGAGGAACUGACUUGCGCUAAGCAAGAUAAACUGCUGAAGGACACAUUGGGAGCAGAUGGACAAAAAGGAUGUAGUCAUUGUUUUAAUAGAGAUGAGACCAUGCCUGUUGACACCAUACACAGAAGCCAAGAGGAAACUCAUGAAGCCACAUCAAUUGGUGUGAGAAAUCUUUCACAUCCUUCUGAAAUGGCAUUGAAAAGAACCACCGUUAAGCUCUAUAAUAAUGGGGAAAAUAGGUGUCAUGUGGAUGCUAAGCUGACAGAAGAUCUGGAUAAAGAUGAAGAAGACUGUGCACAAGAUACCAAAAAGAGACAAAGAAUUAAAUCUACAGACAUCGAUGUUAGACAAGGUGAGGAUGGCUAUUUUAUGCCAUGUGUCUUGGAGCAAUGGCAUCAGGUCCAAACUGAAACGCCAGCAAAGAUAAAAGUGGCGCCCCAUGAAGACAGCAUUGUGUACAGAUUAGUGGACGCUUCAGUAGAGAUUCUAUACAGCCAAGCAAAUGAAGACACUCUUGACCUUUAUGAAACACCAAGCUAUCUAUUAGACGAUGACAGCCGCAAACGUUAUCGACAGGUGAUCUUCCAGUUAACGUCUGAUGUUCUUCAUGAGAUUUUGGGUGAUCUAUUAUGGACAAAACAAUCUACAGAGAAUAUACAUGAUCCAUCUGUUGUUUCAGCUCUGCGAUCAAGUACAGUUUCAGUCACAUUUUUAAAGGCUGUAGUGAGAAAAGAGAUCCAGAAACUUCUGAAUUUAGAGCGAAAUGAGCAACAGAUGACAGAGAUGCUCCAAAAACUGUGCAAAUACUGGUACGCCAAGAGAGACAGAGUGGACUUUAUACUGAUUCAGGAACUCCAUAAUGAGGAGAGACGUUGGCUAGACUACAGAACAGACCAGUACACUGUGAAAAUGCAUCUGACUGAAGAGAUUUUCAGCCUUCUUUUGGAUGACACAAUAUUAGCACUAAAUCAUUUGCACUUUUAACAUAAAGGACAAGUCUUUGAGGACACUUUCAUACUUUUAAUCUCUUGUUUUGGAGUGAAUCCAGGUCAUAAUUCAUUCUUUUCAUGAAUUAUAUUUUGCUUGAAGAAUAUAAAUGUAUUUAGGACCCUUAUUUUUUCCUAUUUUGUGGUUUUUGUUUAUGACAUUUGAGUAGAUUUUGCUUAAAUACCACUUUUAAUGAAAAUUAAAAGAGUAAUUGAAUUAAAAAAAAACACAAUCUCAUCACUUAAAUGUGAAAAGUAUUGGCUGCGAUGCCUGUAGUACCUCCUGAUUUAUGUUUUUUAUAAAGUAAUAGCUAUAUUUGUUUAAUCUAAUGAAUUAAAAAUACUUUUAUUGGAGUAAUGAUGGGAACAUAAUGCAUAUCACCGUUUGGAAAAUUAUUAAAUACAUUUAAAAAUAAUAAUU